UGGUAUGUUUGAGGUACAUCACCGAAAUUCCCUUAGUGCCAGUAGUCCGCAUUCCGCAACCGCCUUCCUUCACACGCUUCUCUCCCUUCAAUCAGAACUCCCCCCAACUCUCGAGCUCACACUUCUUCUACAGAGCUUCAAUGGGUGAUCUACACCCAUUAGAUCAGCAAGAAAACGGCGGCCCUCCGCCGACUUCACUUCCGGCACAAGAAACGCUAAUCCCCUCUGCAACCUCCAAACGCCAGCGCCGCCCAAGCGUCCGCCUCGGUGAAAUCGGAGACCAGCCCAUCGCUUCCCCCUCCCACGACCCCUCUUCUCGCCGCCCUAAGCUCUCCAAGCUCCUCCCCACUUCCUCACCCCUUAUUGGUUCGAAACCCUCCACCAAACCCCGAGUCACCGCCCCGAUGUCCGCGAGGCGGGCUCGUACUAACUGGAACUCUCGGAUCGACAAUGAAUUCGAUCCCGAUGCCGCUGAUUUGAAGUCAAGCGGCGGUGAUGAGGCUAGAAAUGAUGAGUAUGUGGAGGAUUCCGAGAGUCCUUGUCAUAGAAACGACCACCGGGCUUCGAUUAGGGUUAGGGUUUCGAACGAAGGGGAAGAGAUUUCAGAGGAGGGAUUCAAAGGUUGGACGGGUGGAAUACGGUCGUUUCUUGAGGGGUUAGGGCUUGGACAAUACACGCCUGUGUUCGAGAUACACGAGGUGGAUGAUGGAGUACUCCCGAUGCUGACGAUGGAGGAUCUCAGGGAUAUGGGUAUCAAUGCCGUAGGGUCGAGAAGGAAGAUAUACUGCGCGAUUCAGAAGCUCAAUAGGAGCGGGGAUUCCUGAUAAAGGUUUGUUUUCUAAUCAGAAAUUGCUUAAAUUGCCGCCUUGGUUUGGUGAUUUCAAGCUUGCUGAAUAUAAUUAAUUUUGACUGCUAGAUGAAUUUUCUUGCUUUUUGAAAAAAUAGGGUUUUGUGUAUAAUUAAGUGUUCGUGUGCCGAAGCUUUUGUCAAUGCGUGCUCUUGUUGCAUAUAAAUGUAUUAUGAAGAACUUGUAGUGAAUAAUUGGAAUCUCAAGUAUAAUAGUAAUGAAACGCAACUAAAGUUGCUU